CCCCCGGCUCUCCGCCUUCCCAUUCAUUCCGUCCGCUCCCUCCUCUCUCCUCCUUGCCUCUCGGGCCCUCUCCCCGAGAGCCUCCCCGCGCGGACCUCGCUGCAGUCUCGGGGUUUUUAGCACAUUCAUGGAAGUGUAGGGCCUGGACGGUGUCCCCAAGUCCGGCCUGAGAGCGCAGCCCGAGCUGCUGGCCGGGAAGAGGAAGAUGUCUGUGCUCCGGCGGAUGAUGCGGGUCUCCAAUCGCUCCCUCCUCGCCUUCAUCUUCUUCUUCUCCCUCUCCUCGUCUUGCCUCUACUUCAUCUAUGUGGCUCCGGGCAUCGCCAACACGUAUCUCUUCAUGGUACAAGCUCGGGGAAUAAUGUUGAGAGAAAAUGUGAAAACAAUAGGACAUAUGAUCAGGCUGUACACGAAUAAAAACACCACACUCAAUGGUACAGAUUAUCCAGAAGGCAAUAAUUCAAGUGAUUAUCUUGUACAAACAACAACGUAUCUUCCGGAAAACUUCACAUAUUCGCCAUACCUCCCCUGCCCAGAAAAACUGCCUUAUAUGCGGGGAUUCCUCAAUGUCAAUGUAAGUGAAGUCAGUUUUGAUGAAAUUCGUCAACUCUUCUCCAAGGAUUUAGAUAUUGAGCCAGGAGGUCACUGGAGACCUAAAGACUGUAAACCCCGAUGGAAGGUGGCAGUUCUCAUUCCUUUCCGUAAUCGCCAUGAACAUCUUCCAAUUUUUUUCUUGCACCUGAUUCCGAUGCUCCAGAAACAGCGGCUGGAAUUCGCCUUUUAUGUUAUUGAACAGACUGGCACGCAGCCUUUUAACCGUGCAAUGCUCUUCAAUGUGGGCUUCAAAGAGGCCAUGAAAGACAGCGUCUGGGACUGUGUAAUCUUCCAUGAUGUGGACCACCUGCCUGAAAAUGACCGAAACUAUUAUGGAUGUGGAGAAAUGCCACGUCAUUUUGCAGCAAAGCUGGAUAAGUACAUGUAUAUUCUUCCAUAUAAAGAGUUUUUUGGUGGUGUAAGUGGACUGACAGUGGAACAGUUCAGAAGGAUCAAUGGUUUUCCUAAUGCCUUCUGGGGUUGGGGAGGAGAAGACGACGACCUUUGGAAUAGAGUUCACUAUGCUGGAUAUAAUGUGACAAGACCAGAGGGAGACUUGGGAAAAUACAAGUCUAUUCCUCAUCACCAUCGAGGUGAAGUCCAGUUCUUAGGACGGUAUAAAUUACUAAGAUACUCAAAAGAGCGCCAGUACAUCGAUGGGUUGAACAAUUUAAUAUAUACGCCAAAAAUACUGGUUGAUAGGUUGUAUACAAAUAUAUCUGUAAACCUCAUGCCAGAGUUAGCUCCAAUCGAAGACUAUUAAAAGAAGUAGCUCUCAUGGCAAGACAGACCGCAGUGUGGCUGGGAAACUUGGAGUGCACUCUUAAUGGAGGUCAGUGAAUGGAUGUGUCACAGUGCCCUGGGUGGUGAGGAGAAGAGCCCGCGUUCUCAGUGUUUACUGGUGGGAUUGUAUACAGUCAGCCUUCUUCCACGUGCCCAUCCUCUGCUCUGAGACACAUCCCCGUGGCGAGCACUGCAGAGACCACGAGCUGUUGCUUGAGUCUGGAAGUUAAGAGAGCUCCCUACAAAGAGAAAAUUUUUAUACUAAAAUCUAUAAUUUAAUUCAAGAGAAUGCUUUAUUUCCGUUUAAACAUAUUUUGUACAUAUGUGAUGUAAAUUAAUGUGUUCAAAUUGUUGAAAAAUAAGAUGUGUUGCAGUUUUGCAUGUAAUGGGUUAUGCCUUUAUGGGACUUUUAUAAACAUUUUUUAUUUGCAUGGAAUAAAACAAUGUAAAUUUAUGUCACUAAACAAAGGUUAACCUUGUGUGAAAUGAAGGAACUGUCAAUAAUUGACAGCCAACUAGUUCAGUACACUGUCAUACUAGUUUUGAGCUUUAGACCUUCAGCUUCUUGUGUGGAAGAAGUCACAGCUUCCUUAGGGUUUUAAAGGGUAAGAAGAAGGCUUUAACGGCUUUUCUUCCCACCAGGAUUUCCUAUUUUUUUCCUUGCUCGCAAUCUCAUCAGAUUUUGCUAAAUCACAACCGUAUUGUUUAUGCAUAUUGCAUGAGUAUUACCAAGAAAAUCUUAGAAGUUGUGAUGUGACAUGAUAUAAAGGACCUCUUUAUGUUAAAUGUCUUUCAUGUACCUCUGGUCUAAGUGUCAGGGACUUCGUGCCUCAAAAAAUGUUCCCAAGGUUGCGUGUGGUGGUACCCUGUAUUUUUUUUUUUUAAUUCAUAGUGAACAGCACUUUCAUUAUGUCCAGUUCAGAAGAGCCAAAAAAAAAAAAAAAGCUCUUCAUUUAAAAGAAAUCAAAGCAGUCUUUUUAAAAGAAAGAGUUAUGGAAAACCCAGUAGUACUUAUACAAAUGAAUUAUACUAUUAGAUAAGAAAUUAAAUGUUCUAUUUUUAUGAAGUGAAAUGCUUAGUAGAUAAAAACAAAUUUUAAGUUAAUUCUCAGAUUUAUAGAAUUUCAAGUUUGGAAGAGAUCCUUCUUUUUAAUGUUGGCCCAUUUCAUUCAAACUGUGUGUUUUUUUUCACUUUUAAGAAAUUAGUCUCUAAUGUUAAUUACUAAAACUUCGUCACUAAAAGCAUAGAUUAAUAGAACUAUAUUAAAAUGUCCGCUAUUUAAAUGCAUUAGGGUUAUAAGACACUUCUCUAAAAGCAGAUUAUACUACCUGACAUCAAAUAUAUUACUUAAUCUUGAAUUUGGAUGAAGUUUUCAGAGCAAACAAUAUUCUUACUUUGAAAAUUAUCAAUCAUGGUUAACCAGAGAUUCUUUAAAGUAUCUAAAGAUAUUUUCACAAAUUGAAACCAAAAAAUUAUGUACCUAUGAAGUGAAUCUUCAGCAACAAUGAAAAACAAUAGAAAUAGAAAUGGAUUAUUCACCUAACACAGAAAUACAGUUAUUUAUCUCUCAGGUUGUAAGUUUAAUUUUGAAGUGUCAUCUUCUGUGGCAGUACUGGUAACACACAUGACCACAAACCAAAUCAUGAACUGAUAGAAAUUCUUACACUUUAAGAAAGCUCUCUUUUAUGAUACCAAACAAAAUUUUUCUGCGUUUAUUUCUUAGAAAUAUUUCCAAAAUAUUUGUCUUUCAUUUUUUUGCUGGUACUCAAAAUAAUGAAAAACAUCAAACCUUCUGAAAAGUAGGAUAUUUGUUCUUAAUGUGUGUCUGUUCAUUUUCUGUCUCUCUUGGCCAAUGUAGUUUUUUAGUUCGAUGAAUGAAAGUGGAUUGAUAAAGUUAACAUUUGUUGAUCACUAACAAGAUAGCAGGGGCAUUGAGUGUAAUUAACCCAAUAAUACUUCAGUAUUGUAGUCAUGGGGGAAAAUUAGGGCUGAGGCUUAUUAGGAAAACAUAUUUUUCUCUUUAACAUGGAGCUGCCCACAUUUUGAAAUCUUCUCAUUUUGAAAUUUUCUCAUUUUGAUACACAUUUUAUAGUUUCAAGAGAAAAUUCUACUGGUAUCUACCUUACUUCCUUGGAUUAAAUCUAGCAGUAAUUUUCGUUUUAGGAGUGGGCCAUGAAUAUUUUGCUUUUUUCAGUUUUAAAUAUGGUAUCAUCCUGUGAAAACCAUCUCAUUAGUUUGCUUUUUGUCUUUUGUUUUUGUUUUGCUUUUAAAGUGCGGGCCUGAAAUUAACUUUUGCAUAUAAAUAGCAACUUUUAUAUGUUUGCAUAUAAGUGACAGAGUUUUGCUUAGUUAUCUUUGUUGUAUGAAAAUAGCCCUAUUCCAUAAAAAUUAGCAAAUACAACGCAAAUACAGACUAUCUUUAUAGUUUGGUGGAUUUAUUAGUGAACAUGUAGUAAUUGCCUACUCAGCAGAUGCAAAGCUACGUAUGUCUGCAGGAAAAAAUGUUAAUUUCUAAACAAAUCGAGUCAAGCAAGCCAAAAAUGAUGAAAACAUCCUCUGUUAACUUACCUGUUGUAUUUCUUAGUCUCAAAGUCAAGAAGUGUAUAUAUGUGGACGUAGAGUGAUUACGAGUUCCCCAUGGCACUAAGUGGGAGGGUUAUUUAUAUAGUGCCUUUUACCUAGAGAAAGUAGCGAUGAUUAAUGGGCCUGUUUGUAGAAAAGAAAAGGGAAAAGUAUACACGUUUGCUGUAACAUUACGUCUCAUUUACCAUGGAAAUGGUCAUUUAAGUCUUCACCAAAACUGGGGUUUAAUGAAUAUUUUUUAAGUCUUAAUUUCUGUUUGUAUUUUGUGAAAAGGUGUUCAGUAAGAAAGCCUUAUUUGCAAUAUUAUGUAAAUAUAAAAUUAUAAGACUUGCUUAUACUCCUUUCCCAGCCAAGAUAUUGAUACCCAUUUUUAAACAAAAUGGGAAAAUAUCCAAUACAAUAUUCUCCUUCUUUUGGAGGCUCUGUAGAAGUGAAAGCAGAUUUUGCGUCAUUUUAUUUGGCUUCUUGUCAUCUCUCUUGUAUUUGUGUACUUUUCAGACAAAUACUGGUACUCUAGAUCUGUUAUCUUCUGUUUGCAAGUAUGCCAGUGAGAGAACUAAAAUGGUCAUAGUGUUUAUCAGGAAGAGGAAGCGUACUUAAGAUUAUUUUAUUUAUUAAUAUCUGAAAGGCUUCUAUAUAAAUGCACUGAAAUAAAUGCUAGUAAUUUCUUGUACUCUUUCUUUCUCUCUCCUUUUUUUUUUUUUUUUUUGCUUCUCAUGGAAAUGUUUGUACUUUUUUAUCAUUGUCUUUUAUGAAAUAUAAUGUUCUAAAGAC